AGUCACAUGACCUGUGACGUGUGUGCACCGCGGAAGAGAGGUCCAGCGGUGAGAUGGAGGAGAAAUUCACAUGAGUUAUUAAUCAUCAAAGUUUAAUAAAAUAAUCAGAUGAUCAGAUGUAAUCAAUGUCAGGAUGCCGCUGUUGACUCAGAAUAAGCGAAUAGAGCGCGUGAACUCAACCGCAGAACUCUUCAGCAAAAACCCGCAUCUGAAGGAAAGUGCGCAGCAGUUUGUGUGCAGAAGCCCGGAGCCUGUGGACCCUGAGCAGCUCCUGUACGUCCAGCAGAGAGAGUUUGCGUCCACGACUCCAGCGGACAAUUCGGUCUCCAUCCUGGGCUCUGAUGAUGCCACAACAUGCCAUUUAGUCGUGCUCCGACACACAGGCAGCGGAGCGACUUGCCUUGCACACUGUGAUGGUUCCAGCACAUGGACUGAAGUUCCUCUUAUAGUCAAUGCCGUCACUUCUAAAAGCAACCCGGAUAAAGACGGCAGACUGGAGCUGCAUCUUGUGGGGGGUUUCGAUGACGACAAGAAGACCUCUCACUCGCUCAGCCUUAGUAUUCUAGCUGCCUUUCAGAAGCAGAAGGAAGACAUUCACCUGGAGACGUGCUGCAUCACAGACAUGAACGACGUGAUCCGAGACGGGGUUCAUCGGCCAGUGGUGUAUGGGAUAGGUGUGAACGUUAAAACCGGUCACAUGUUUCCAGCCUCGUUUGCGUGUCGAGGGCCGGCGGAGGAGCUCAGGUCCGCUCGCAGCUUCUCUGGAGGACCGAUGGUUGAUGUGUAUGACUCCAGCCGAGAGCUCGUGAGGAUCGGCCCGUGCCGAUGGACGCCGAACGAAGACAUGGGCUUCUGGCUUUCUCAAGAUGAUGAAACUAUCCUCCAGUUUUUGUCCACGUCUCCAUGUGCAGAACCUCCUCACUUCAUCCAGCACAUCAAAUCCACCAUCCGGUUCCUCCUGGAUCAUCCCAGCGCAGACGAGCUGUUCCCCGGCGGACAGGCUCAGCUCUACCGGCGCUCGGAGGAGGGGGGGUGGGCGAGAGUCUGACCUCUGACCUCUGAGGAUGGGGUGAGAGUCUGACCUAUGUGACCCACUGACACCCAGCCAAAGGCCUUUGAGCGUUACAGUAGAAGCUCCUUUACACUGAUCUGAAAGC